GACAGACCGUGGUGAAGAAACAUACCACAGAGUUCCCCAUUCCUCCUUAAUCUCAGAAGAAGGUCAAGUGGACCCGAUUCAGAAGAGUUGAAUAAAUGCUCGAUUUAGGAGAGUAUCUCUAUGGAGCAGGAUGGGCAAACUACGGCCCUGUGCAAUAUGAAGGAUCAUCAGUGCAGCACGGAGAUGAACAACUUUCUGAGGCUUUCGACCAAAGUUUAGUCAUCGGCUCAUCCUCUCUGUUUGACAUUGCGAGCAUCUUCCAACCUUCGCCAUUCUCAUUUUAUCCAGACAACAGGCACGCCUCUCAGCAUCCAGAAGGCAUUCAACCUCAUGCUUUCGACGAUCUGUUUAUUGCUAAUCACGAGAGCAAGUAUCAUCCCAAUCAGAAUACCCACCACCAGGAGCAUCAUCAUCCUACAUGCUACGUUUGUGGGGAACCUAUUCAAGUAGAUGCAUCUGGUCAUUUUCAAUAUGAGGAACAUCCUUUCUGGCAAGAAAAGUAUUGUCGACGGCAUGACACGGAUGGAACUCCUUGGUGCUUUUGCUGUGAAAGAUUAAAGCCUACUAGAGGAUCAACAUAUUUAACCCUCAGCGACGGUCGGCGAUUAUGCCCAGAUUGUCAUGACUCUGCAGUACUGGAUGAUGGGGCACUUAAAGCUCUUGAACGCGAAAUACGAGAAUUUUAUGAAUGCUUAGGCAUGAAAGUUCACCAGCCAACAAUUCCACUAUACUUGGUGAACCAGCAAGAGAUGAACGAAUACAUAGCACGAGAUGAAAAAAUUACAAAUCAAUGGCAUCAUCGACAGGGCGUGACAUUAGGACUGACAACGCGGGACUACGAUCCUAUUUUUACCACCGUGGAAGGUAGACGACAUCCGCUAGUCGCCUACACAGAAGUUGUUUCCAUAAGAAUUUUGUGUGGUCUUCCGAGGUUAAAAACAGGGGAAACCCUCACUCAUGAGAUGAUGCACGCGUGGCACAUACUUGAACUUGACGGUUAUCACCGUUUGACCGAUGAGGUCAGAGAAGGCCUCUGUGAAGUUUUGGGGUACAUGUGGUUGGAUUCUCAAAUUUUUUCCAUGUCUAAGAGCAAAGCUGCACCAUCACCCCAGUUUGACUUCCAGAAAAGGCUUGCGAAGUUUCUUCAGCAUUCAAUGGAAACGAGAACUGGCGAUGUUUAUGGCACUGGAUUUCGAAGAGUGAAGAGGGCAACGGACAUGUACGGCCUUAAAGGAACGCUCGAUUACAUACGUAUGAUGGGAAGCUUUCCUGGAUGAUCUACACAUAUUUUCAAGAAAUUUUUCUUGUUUAUGUAUGACCUGUCUAAGGAUUAAUUAUGUACUCUCGAUCUCUUCCUCCACUUAUAAACCAAAAGCUUGCUUUGAGUUUGGCCCAGUAAUAAGAUGAAUGAGUGUGUAUAAGAUGCUAAAAAGAUUGGCCGGCUUCCUGGCGAUUCCAUUUUCUUUGGUAUGAUCAUGAAAUUUAUUCGGUUCAUCUAAGAGUUGGUUGAGCCAUCUUCUCUGCAUGCAAUCCUAAGAAAGGGAGAUGCGCAUGUGUGGGUUAAGAGCAGAGAAGAGAUUCGGUUCCCCCACCACUAGAUGCAGACAUAUCAUAUUUAGGUCACCCGGUCAAGUUUUCACCUCACUUAUUAUCUAACUCAUGAGAUCAGCAGAAGUUUCCAUCAGUUCUGGGUUUCCCUGCUUAGUUGAACUUCCUGGUUACGAAAUAUUGUCCUUGGCAAGUAGGGAAAUUUAUCGAUUGAUCAAGCGGAUGAGCAAUAAAUAUCCAAAGGCAUUGUUUUGUGACGUGGACGUAAUUACUAAUGACUUUUUGGAGUGUUCAGAUAGGCAAAUGGUCAUUUAGGCCGGCUCGGACCAUCGGUAUACACAGUGUUCGGUAAAUAAGCCAUAAUUUUUUAU